UAUAAAAUUCUAUAGCAUUGCAUCUCCGACUCUCCCAAAAAGCCUACCGAAAACUUCCAAAUAUAUUUUAAAUAAAAUUCCUGAAAGAUAAAGAAGAAAAUUCCAAAGAUGUGCGACAUAAGCGAGUACGCCCUAGACCGCCAGUUUGCCACCCAAGUGCGAGCUUUGGGCGAGGUUUACGCAGAGAACAUCAGUUGCCAGGACUUUGAUCUCAGCCAGCACUGGCUGCAGGCCUUCCAGGAGGUGAAGCCAAUAGCCAAGUACGCCAGGAACGGCCUGAUGCUGCUCCUGAUCAGCCAGUUGCGGGAGAUGGGUCGCCUGGGCAAGCCGUUUGUGGACAAGGAGAACAUGUGCCGGCCACUGGACGAUGUCCUAAACGAGUAUGAUGGCAAGAUGGAUGGAGAGCUGGAGUCAGAUCCCCUGGAGACGGAUACAAACGCCUCUGGAUGCGGCAGCAGUGGUGGGUUUUCUGAAAUAAAUGAACCCCUGGCCAAUCGGGAGCUUUUCAAGGAGAUCAACACCCUGGGCGGCGGCACUUUUGAGACUGAGAAGCUCUGCUCAAGCCACUACCUUAAGCUGGAUAAGAAUCUGGCUAAUAAACCUACUUCCGGAAAGCAGGAACUUCACCUACAGGACAGAAUCUGGAGGGCCACCAUUCGGGCCAUCGAUCGCCUAAAGGAUUGGACAGGGGAUACCCAGAAGAUUGAUUUCCUGGCCACAUGCUUCGAGCCAUUCCUCGAAAACGAGCCUAGCAUUAGCGGCCAGAUUCACGAGCUGGAUCGUCGCCUAGAAGCCAUGAUGGAUGACAUGGUCAAGCAGGCCGCCGAGCGGAGGUACAACAACAUGCGAAUGAUGUAUACCUGUGUCUUUCAGCACCAGAAGAGUUGCUGUAAGGUAAGGCUAAAGGAGCUGGAAAAGUCGGAGAAGUUGCUGAUGGAGGAAAAACAGAAACUUCGUGCCUAUGCCGAGGAUCUGAAGCGCCGCGAGGAUAUGCUCGAGCGGCACGAGGCUAUGGCCGUGCAGGUGGUCAAGUGUCCCGAACCCGAAAAGCUGCUGCUCCUAAGCCCCAGGACUUCAGGCUGUGAGCAUUGUCAGAACGUAAGAGUGGCCCAGAAGAGCCGGACUUGCCGUUACCACAGGCAUCUCUCCCAGUCUCGCUUUGUCCAGGAGCUGGGGAAAUUAUCCGAUGGACCGAGCGAUCUGCCCGAUGGACGGCAGUUGUAAUCCAGCUUUAUUUUAUAUAUUUUUCUCCCUCUAUUUUCUUGU